AUGGACGACUACUCAAUCCUGUGCUACGACUUGUGGAGCAUGUUCCACAGUUACCUUCACCAGAACAUGCUUGUCUACUGCUAUGGGUUGUGCUUGCACGUAAGUGUACAAAAAUAAUUCCCUGUUAAUAAACCUUUUACAGAGGCGCAUCCACCAACACUACAGUCUGCAAUACUCAAGCUUGUAACUGGCCACGUGCUGAUGCUUCAGGAACUACUUGUUGCGUUGGAACUCCCAUGGUUAUCAAUAAUUGGUAUCAUUGUGGACCUCUUUCGGCCAACUAUAAUCUUACUUGCUGUCCAACUGGUGGAUAUUGGGCGACGUGGUCUGCAUGGCAAAAAUUAACGGAUCAAAUUGCGGUAAGAUCUAAUGGACAAUAUUUUCUGAACAUAAAUUUUGCAGUGGACCCGCAGCAGAACAUGUUUGUCGGGAGGAUACAGUUGCGCGUGUACAGGAGAUUCAGUGGAGACUAAAUAUAGUGGGGGGAGACCCAUUAGGGCAGUAAUCAACUGAAACUCACCGUUUUACAGCUUGUCCGUGUUCGGCCAUUUCAGUAAUCACAACAGAUUCUAACCCGUGCAGUACUGCUCUUCCUUCUUUAACUCCGUUCAGUGUCCGCACGCCCGUCAAUUUGGGCUCACAAUGCCAAUCUAUGUUCGUGCUGGAAGCUUCCAACUUCCGUUAUGUGUUCUACACAGCUGAUACUGAUGGAACCUACUACACGAGUGUCGGCGUAGUGAACUCCGGAGGCACGUGCACUGCAGUAAAGUUCUACAACGGAACCACAGGAACAAACGGACAAUUCUACAAGUUCUACUUCACUUGCAACCCUCAAACUGGCUAUUUUGACGGAACUUAUCAAGGCACAGCGAUGACAAAUGUAACUUCCAUCGCUCAGUUCUACUGA